AUGGACGACAAUUUCUUUUUCGACGACACAAACUCCCUGCUAAAGCAAACCAAAACCGUCAACCCCGCUGAUGUCUUCACAAAUCCAUAUGCCAGCAAUUCAUUUCUCCCAAGUCAAUUCUGUGCGUUUGAAGAUACCCAAAACCCUCCUCACCUCUCCUCCUUUGAUUCCGCGGUCGACCUAACGACCAUGCGAUUGGCAGAUAACGACUCGUGGAACCAAUCUGCCACCGACGAGGCACAUGACAAUGCCUUCAACAGCCUCAUAGACAUGGGAGACCUGGCUGAAGGCUCCAACUCUCAGCCUAGCAGCACGCCUUCCCCAGCCAACGACCCCAUCUUCAGCCAGGGAAACUCACCGGGCGACUUCCUCCGCGAGAGGAGCCAACCUACCUCGCGCGAAGCUUCAACAGACGUCAUCCCCAAGGUUGACGAAAGUUCAAUCCUGGAACGUCUCGAUAACUUCUUCGCGAUGAACGGACCCGCCGCCCACCCUGGAGCCAUGUUUAUCCCCAAGAGCCCCGCUCCCGCCAUCGAGACUGCCUCCGUUCAUCUCUUCCCUGACAAGACCAAGACGAGGGCGGAGACCCAGAUCAAGGUCGUCCUCGUGUUAGAUCCCCUCGAAGACAGGUUCGAGAACAUCCGCUUCCCAAGGAAGACGCUCGCCAAGCCCAAACUCCUCGCCAGUCCGGAGGAGAGGACCGAGAUCGAAGCCCGGCACGAAGCUGUGUACAUGGACAUGCUGCUUGUCUGCUCCACCGCGAUAGAGAAGGACGACCGCAGAGAACAGGCCCUCAGGCGUGCCCGAGGAGAGGAGCCUGUUCCCCGGCGACAAGAGGGCCAGUCCAUUUCCGAGAUCGAGAAGGACGACCCCGCCCACCCCCAGAACGGGGGUGAGGUUCUCAUCUGUGAUGGCUGCAGAGAGCGAGAGCGCAAGCGCUACGACCGCAAGAAGAAGAAGGCCGACGACGAGUCGGAAUGGUUCAGUUACGAGGGUGAUCGCGUCAUCAUGAUCAACGAGAAGGAGUACAAGAAGUUGAAAGAGGUAGACGCCAGUACUGUUGAUGAUCCGAGCAAGUACUCCCCCCGCGCGAAGCAGGUCGACUUCGCCAUGAGGAUCGCCUGCUAUUGUCGCCACCAGGAGGAGAAAUCCCCCGUCGGCUAUCGUGUCAUCUUCACCUUCAAGGACGCUGCCGGCAGCUUGAUUGCCCAGCACGUUUCCGAGAUCUUCCAGAUCACCGAUGACCACAAGAACAAGGAGACGCCGGUCCCCGAGGCGCCUGCACGCCCUCUGCACGCACCGCAACCACAGCAGCACUUCGCUCAGACACAGGCAGCGUAUCCCGCUCCCAUCAUUGUUCCCCAGUAUCCCUACGACCCGCAACAGUUCGCCCACAUGCCGCAGUCUGGCGGUGGCAUGGGUGCAUUCACACAUUCGCAACCCCCCACCCCGCCGCUCCUGUCGAGCUACACGUCGCCAAUGGCCAUCUCACCCCUCGACACCCACUUUCCUCAAAUGGUCGCUCCGACGGGGCCCAUCCACAGCAGACAGACGCCCAGCUUCUCGGCUUCGACUACUUCGGUGACUGCACCCCAAUUCCCACGACCACAACCUCACGCACGUUACGACGUGCCGUUCACGAGCCCGACCAACCAGUAUCCCUCGGAGGCGCCCUAUCUCAUGUCUCGACCGACGUCGAUGGAGAACUUCAACUUCGGCAACCAGUACAGCAACGCAUUCGCGUACCAACAGAAUGGGUUCUCCUCUGCCCCGGGUUCGGUGGCCGGCACCCCGCACAACCUGUCAAGGCCCGCGUCACCGAAUUGGGAGCAGCAAGGCCAGAGGAAGAAAUUCAUCAUCUAG